CAGUCGUACACCGCGUAGACGUUUACGGCAUUUAACACCAUCGGAAGAAAAUGAAUCUAAUUGUUACAAAUUGUUUCCGUCAAAAAUUAAACAUGAAACAUUUAUAGCAUUUAAAAUUAGUCUUAAUUAAAAACUUGUAUGAAAUAGUGUAAUAUAAUGAAAAUUUGUGUUGUAUGAAUAAUGAAAAUUUGUGUUGUAUGAAUAAUGAAAAUUUGUGCGUUAACAAUGGCAUUUAAGUUUGUAACUGUUGUUAAGCUAAUAAUUUUUACAUUCGUUUUUGUAGAUUCCGUCCCCGAAACUGAUAGCAAUUUAAUGCCAAUGCUGGACUUUCGAUAUUGGACGUGCGUUAUGAAACGAGAAUGGACGUGCCCCGACAGUGAAAUCAAUUUUUAUUUAUUCACGCCUGUUCCAUGGGCAGGGAACGACCAUACAUGCAAUGGAUUGAUGUCCGACGAAAAAACAAGUUGCCUUCCUAUGGAUGGAAGCUUUCAAGAAAAAAUGUACUCAUCAUCCACGGCUUCAAUGGAACACAUUCGAAAACACCCAUGACGUUCCUUCGAGAUGCAUAUUUAUCUCGCAAAGAUUACAACGUGUUUAUGGUGGACUGGUCUGCUCUCACAAGAUUUCCUUGUUACUUGUCUGCGCUCUCUAAUACGAAGUUAGCAGCACAAUGCACAGCUCAACUUUAUUCCUAUUUAACGCAAGCUGGAGCCUUAGCUAAGAAGAUCACGUGCGUGGGACACUCGUUAGGUGCACAUGUUUGUGGAAUGAUUUCGAAUCAUCUAACAGAGAAACAGUACAAAAUUAUCGGUUUAGACCCAGCGCGCCCUCUAGUGUCUAAUUACGGAUCGAGAUUAUUCCGCCUCGGCAGAGACGACGCAUAUGUUGUACAAGUGAUACAUACAAAUGCUGGUUUUCUUGGCGAAAGUGGUCAAGUGGGACACGCUGACUUCUGUGUCAACGGCGGGAGACUACAGCCUGGUUGCAAAGGACACUUUAUGAGAAUUGCGCGAUGCAGCCAUUUUAUGAGUUCCUGUUAUUUUGCUGCCAGCGUGCGUCGGCGCAUACGUAUGGUGGGUGUGCCAUGCGACUCGACAUGCCCAAAACAAGAGCGAUGGGGUUUGCGCACUGAUCGCAAGUUAGUGAGGAUUGGAGACGAUAUACCCGACUCAUCGCGUGGAAUGUACUGCGUACAGCUGGACCAUGAUGAAAGUUGUCCAUUUGAUUGAUAUCUGCAAGUUGUUGUAUCGGAUUCAUUUUGAUAAAUACAUAUGAAGUAAUGUACAAAGCUGUAAUAAUAAGAAUGAUGUAAAAAAUAAAAGAACAAAUUUUAAUAACU